AGAAAAAAGGUGUUACUGAUGUAUUAACUUCGACAUAUUUACAAAAUAAUUGUGAUACGCUAUCUAUAUAUUAUUCAUCCAUAUUAUAACUCAAUGCAAGUUCUAGAAAUAAAAUAAGUUAUUUAAGUUCAUAAUUACGAUUUUAAAUAAAUUAUUACUUAUGACAAGGAGUAUUAAAAGUUCAAUUUUGAUUAUCUUAAAUUAAUUUUUUGGUUCUUAAAAAUUAAACAUGGAUUAGACUUCAAUUUUCAUAGUAUCUUUGUCAUUUAAAGAAAAUACUGAUUAAAACUUCUUGAACACCUCGUAAUUCUAUAAUAUUGUGAAAAUGGCCUAUUUUUGUUUGCUCGUUUACUGUAAUGUAUAAAACAGGACUUAAUAAAAUUUAAAAAACUGGAAUUAAAAAUCAUUAUUAAUACUAUACUAGUACAAGGCUAUAGUAAAGUAACCUAAUUCAAACUCAGGUGUCACUUAACAUGAAUACAUGAUAAUCUUAGCUGCAAUUGUUAAACCUAGAAAAGUUUUAAAAGGCAACGAUCUUCCUCAAUUAAUAACCAUUCUAUUAGUUUGAUAAAUCAUUGUAUAUUUUUAGUUUGUGGUAUUCUAAGUAUCUUUUACGCUUAUAUUAUUUUUAAUUAAUUCUUUGUCAUGAGGAAAAUAAGAUCGUCAAAAUAAAAGCUUCCCUGAAAAUUAAUCUAAUUUACACUACUGCCUUUUGCAUUUGUAUUUAUUUAAUACAGGACCAUGUUUCACCUAAGACAUUAAUUAUUUUGCGAUAAAAUAUUUUUAGCAAUCAAUAUGUCAGAAAAUGAAAUAAAUGUAUCAAACACUACUGAUCAACCAUCUAUAAAAACAAAAAAUGAAACUAUUGAAAAUGGUGAUAAGAAUUUGAAAUUCACCUCAGCCAAUUAUAAAACCAAUAAUGGUAAUGUAUUUUUAAACAAAAAUGAAACAGAAAACGUUAUUGAGGAUUCAAAUUUAGAAAAUAAAACUGGAAAUAACAAUAACAAUCUACCAAAAGAAAAUAUAAAAAUUUUGUCACAAAACAAAUCCAAGAUUCAAGCUUUAAACUUCUCAGAUGUAUGUAAAAACCAGGGAACUAAUAACAAUAUAAAUAAUCAAAAUAACUCAAAGUAUAAGACUAUCACAAAUGAGUUUAAAAAUAAUUACCAAAACAAAGGUUGUGGACAUGGUCGUGGUCGUGGUUUCCUAAAAAAUCUUAAUAAUAAAGCUGAUUUAUUAGAAAAUAAAAUUAAAAAUAAAAACACUAGUAAUACUGAAAAAAAUCAAGAUCAUAUGAGUUAUAAAGGAAGAGGAAAAUUGGGAAAUACAUAUUUACCUAAUGAUAAUUAUAUGCUAGCUAAAAGUAAUAAAAUUCAUAAAAAAAAUUUAGUUAAUAAAGCAGAAUAUAUCCCUCCUGAUAUCGAAAAUGAUGUUUCAAAUGGAGGAAUUGAAGCUGGAUUAAAUUUUGAUAAGUAUAACACAAUUGAAGUUAAUGUAAGUGGAAAUGAUGUUCCAAAACGUAUGGGAUACUUUGAAAACUCUAGCUUAAAUAGUUUAAUAUUGAUGAACUUAAAUAACUAUAACUUUAAAACACCAACUCCAAUUCAAAAUUAUUCUAUUCCUAUAAUUUUGUCUGGUCGAGAUAUAAUAGCAAGUGCACAAACUGGUUCUGGAAAAACAGCUGCUUUUGUUUUACCUAUCUUACAAAAUUUACUUAAUAAUAAUAAAACAGAAUUAAUAUUUGACCAAGAACAUUGUGAACCACAAGUUAUAAUAUUAGCCCCUACAAGAGAACUAACCAUUCAAAUUUGUGAAUCGGUAUGGAAAUUUAGUAAAGGUACCAGUUUAAAAAAUGGUCUUCUUUAUGGUGGUACAUCUAUUAAUCACCAAAAAUUUAAAUUACUUCAGAAUGGAGUGCAUGUAUUGAUUGCCACGCCAGGACGAUUAAAUGAUUUUGUAAAAAGAGGUAUUGUUAUAUUUUCAUCUUUACAAAUUUUUGUACUUGAUGAAGCUGACCGAAUGUUAGAUAUGGGUUUUAAAACAGAUAUAGACCAGAUAUUAAACCAUACUACUAUGCCAGCAGUGAUAAAUAGACAAACACUUAUGUUUUCCGCUACAUUGUCAAGUGAUGUGCAGCAAAUGGCAAAGUCUUACUUAAAUUCAGAUUAUAUUUUUGUUGUAGUAGGUGAAAUUGGUGGAGCAUGCAAAGAUGUUGUGCAAACUAUUUUAAAAAUUGACAAAUUUGAGAAGAAGAAAAAAAUGUGUGAUUUUUUAAAAGAAAUGGAUGAUUGUCGGGGUACAAUUGUUUUUGUUGAACAAAAGAGGACAGCAGAUUUUAUUGCUGCAUAUUUAAGUGAAUCAGAUUUCCCUACUACAAGUAUUCAUGGUGAUCGAGAACAACCAGAACGCGAACAAGCAUUAAGAGAUUUCAAAACAAAUAAAAUGAAAAUUUUAGUGGCUACUGCUGUUGCUGCACGUGGAUUGGACAUAAAAGGAGUAAAUUAUGUUGUUAAUUUUGAUAUGCCAAAAACCAUUGAUGAGUAUGUUCAUCGUAUUGGCCGAACAGGAAGACUUGGAAAUGCUGGAAAGGCUAUUUCAUUUUAUGAUCCAGAAAGUGACCGAACUAUUGCUUCUGAAUUAAUACGAAUCUUAGAACGAGCUGAUCAAGAAGUUCCAUCUUGGUUAAAGGAUGAGGUUGAAAUACUAGGACAAAAAUCUUUACCUAAUGAGUUCAAUGAUAUAAGACAGGAUGUUGAAAAAAUUUCUGAAUUUAUAAAAACUGAGGAAGAAGAAUGGUAAAGUAAAUCACAUAUAAUUGCAACAUUAACUCUCUUCUAAAUUUUUAACUUGUACGUGAAUUUUUAUCUUGUUUUUAUUAUUUUAACUAUAAUACCCUAUUUUAACUAUACCAUUCUACUAUAUGUAUAUUUUAUUUUUAUAGUUUUUUAAGUAAUUAUUUGUUAAAAUUACAUUUUAAUAAGUCAAAUGGUAAAUUUAAUAAUUAAUUAAUAUCUAAAAGAAUUUAUUAAAUAAAAACAACUUAAAAACAUAACUUAAUCAAUUU